UCUGUACCGACUUUAAAGAAUGGGAGGGCUUUGGCUGGCAUCGCUCCUGCCAGUGCCCGCCUCUCUUUCUUCCCGACCACCAUGUCCCGCCCAACGUCGGUUAUCGUCUCUUCUGCCGGUCUCAUCACCGUCCUCAGCUAUCAUCCCUCCGAAGGCGAGGUCGGCGUGCCCAUUUCUGUCCACAUUGACUUCCACCACCCUGCCCCGGAAAAAAUAUUCCUACGUCUAAAAGUUGGCUCGACAGCGGUCAGCACUCAAGUCUCCCAGAUAUCGCCAGAAAAAUUCGGCGGUUACCAGCUUCAUGCCACGAUCCCGCCCAGAAUACAUGACCAGAAGGUCGCCCUUAGUGUUGAGGCAGUUGACGCUGACAACAUCAUUCUCGAUGCUGUCUGCUUUGGCGAGUUUACCUACUGGGAACACCAUCUACCGAUACCGAAUCCGCCAGUUGUAGCUUCUCAGGCGUCUAUGGUAGCCUCGCAGCCAGUAGUCCCUUCCCAGGGGCCUGUGCUUCGCCGACGAGCCAACACAACGACCAGCAUACAUAACGUGCCAUCAGUCCCUUCUCCUACUCUCUCUGACCGCAGACCAGCAUCACGCCGCAUUCGCGCAAACUCUCUUAUGCGUGCCAACCGUGGUUCUCCAGAGGAUAUUCAUCUCCAUCCUCAGACACCCAUCCUCCAGAUCAUCACCCCUCUCGAUACCAUGUGCACCGGUUGGGAUGCUGCCGAAAAUCGUAUGGGUCGUCGACUUGUCCGUUUUCACAAGGUCCAGGAUGGCUGUAAACUCAUCGUUUCCUGCGAAGCUAUCCGCCAGGAUGACUACUGCGAGACAGACACCGUCAUUUCCUGUAUUUUCAGGGAUGAGACCAGCCUAUUCUAUGUCACCAGCGUAGAUAUCAUUUAUCUGCUCGAGAGGCUCACCAACGACGACUUUCCCGUUGAGGAGAAGAACCGUAUAAGGCGCAACUUGGAGGGGUUGAGGCCGACGACCGUCAGCAAACAUAAGCACGGUUUCGAGAGUUUCUUUCAGCGCAUCAUGGAGUUCCCCGAUCCCAAGCCCCGGAAUAUCGAGAAAGACCUCAAAGUGUUUGAGUGGUCGCUCCUUGGACAGGCGCUCGACAAAAUCCUGUCCAAAUAUUCUAUCUACACUUCUGAUUCCCCCACCGAUUCAACCGCCUCCCUUCCCGCAGACCCUCCAUCCGUCGAUAGCCGACUUUAUCACGACCCACUUCCCAUUCCUGAUAAAUACGAGCCACUUCCUGACACUAUCCUCUUCUCUGCUUCGCACGAUAGUUCGGGUUGCGUCACCCCGGCCGAGCCAGUGUACGACUACAAUACUUCCUGGCCAGGGCCAGAGCAGCACCCAGCGGGGCUUGCGUUGAACGAUUUGCAUAGUUUAACAGCAUAUCCGAUGGAGACACCGUUGGAGUUCUACUGGCCAAACCAGUCCUAAGCAUCCCAUAUUGUAUCAGUUUGUACUAUUUUUUUUUUCAUCUCUCAGUUCCUAUCGCUACGUUUGUUCUGGUUGGAUUUGUAUUUGUACAUUCGGAGGCCCAUCUCUACAAGACAAGACGGACAAAUUACCUAUUCUGUACAUUUAUAGCACAUCACAUAUCAUCACAUCAUUAUCUCUUCGACAUCAACUGUACGGUAACCACAUUUUAGUCAAUGGAUUGACACACUUUCA